ACUUGGUUUUCUAACAGUUGUCUUUCGAGAAACAGAGAGCUUCGAGAAAGCGAAAUCCGCAACUCUGAUCCGAUUCCUCCGUCAUCGGAUCUUUCUUCAAUCACCGUCUACCGCCGUUCGUCGUCGUCAUCAACACCGGAACUCUGAAUGUUAACGAAAUUGUGAACUGAUGAUGAGUGUACGAGCUAUCAAGUAGCAUUGCAUGAACUUCAUAUUCUUCUUAGUUCUAUUCUUGAAGGUUGGGAGGGGAAAUAUAAAAAGCUCGUUUAAACAAGACAAGGAUGUUUUCAUUGUUUUAUGGACUUUGGAAGUACCUGUUCAGCAAGAUUGAACUUCAUGUACUCAUUCUGGGGAUUGACAAGGCGGGCAAAACGACUUUGCUGGAGAAGACGAAGUCAGUAUACUCAAACUCAGAAGGCCUUUCUCCUGAUCGAAUUGUUCCAACCGUCGGAUUGAAUAUUGGUCGUAUUGAAGUGGCAAAUAGAAAACUUGUGUUCUGGGACUUAGGAGGUCAGCUUGGUCUUCGCUCAAUCUGGGAGAAAUAUUAUGAAGAGGCCCAUGCUGUAAUAUUUGUUGUUGAUGCUUCUUGUCCCACACGCUUUGAAGAUGCAAAGUCUGCACUUGAAAAGGUGCUUCGGCAUGAGGAUCUACAAGGAGCCCCUCUUUUGAUAUUAGCAAACAAGCAGGAUCUUCCUGAAGCAGUAUCAGCUGAAGAACUUGCUCGGUAUCUAGAUUUAAAAAAGCUGGAUGAAAGAGUUUACAUGUUUGAAGCUGUGUCAGCAUAUGAUGGGAUGGGGAUUAGGGAAAGUGCAGAAUGGUUGGUGGAAGUUAUGGAGAGAAGCAAGAGGACUGAAAUGUUACGAGCGCGGGCAGUUGCAAUGGGGCCAGGUCCUGCCUAGAAGGGUCAAACAUUAAACUGAAGCGAUUUCUCCAUUCCUUUAGAGAUUUGUAAAUCCAAAUUGGAGUAUACAGGAUUAAAAGUCAUUGAGAAAAAAAAAGGGAAAAGAACAACUUGGUGCUACAUUUUAUGUCAUGAUUUAAUCUAUAAUACAGCCAUUUCAUAUGAGAGGCUCAGCCUCCAGAAUCUCAUAAAGCAAGUUUCCUUCAGACAUGCCCUAUGUAAUCAAUCUGUCAAGUGCUAGGCUGGAGGGUUUUCUGCUUCUUCCUCCGUGCAUGCUUUUGUCAACUCUAGAUUCUAUGGCUCGUAUUUGAAUGAAUUUAAUUUACUUUCCUAUCUGUAACAUUAUAUAGGCACUGCACUGCCGUACAGAUCCUGAUAUUGAUGCGGUAUUGUGUUAAAUACAAGUUCAGAAGAUUUAUGGUACGCAGGGUACACUUUGGGUGUAGCCGAACUUUAUGGGAGUAGU